GCGCUACCUUUCAGUUGAUUUUUGAUAGCGGGAGUGGCCGAAUCUGACAGACUAGACCUGAAAACCUGCCAAAAUGAGCUGCGGCACGAAGACAUUGAAGGUGUCGUCCUUCAUUUUGGACUUUCUGUGCUGUGUAUUGGCGGCACUGACCAUUGCAGCAUGUUCCUACGCCCUGAUCACCUUCAGCCACAGCAUGGCCAUUCGAGUACCCUGCAUUCUGGGGAUAGUGCUGGGUGCCCUGCUUUUCGGCAACACGAUCUUCGGCUGCAUUGCCGCAUUGAGGGAGAGCAUCCGCAUGACUUGGAUCUAUGCUGCAAUCAUGCUGGCGCUGAUAUUCGGACAGAUCACCGUGAUCUUCGCCCAGCCCAUUAACUAUGAACUGCUGGCCAACGAGACGAUAUACGAUGCCUGGCAGGGACAGCUCUAUCAUCAGAAAAGCAUGUCCUACUAUGAGAUUAAGUACCACUGCUGCGGGCAGACGGGGCCUACCAACUAUCCGGAUAGUGGCCUGCGAGUUCCUCAAAGCUGCUACUUCAAUCAGAAUGCGACGGUGACAUCGGAUCUCUAUACCGCUGGCUGUGAUCAGAAAUUGGCAGCCGCCUUCACCAAGGGAACUCGCUGGGAGCGGAUCAGCGAUUGGUCCGUUGUGGGUGUCGAGGUGCUCACCGUUACUGUGGCCGGUCUCUUGGCUAUAACCUUACAGAAUGCAGAGCGUCGUCGCCUUUACCGAUAAAUGCUAGUUUUUAGUAUAUCCGUCAACAGUAUUGUAAGCUGUCCGAAUACAUUUGAUUAUAAAUCUGUAAAUAGUCAAGCAAAAAAUAAAUAAAUAAAACAAA